UCCUCCAGUUGCCUGGUUACGUUCCCCGCACGCACCGGAAGUAGCGUGAUGGUUUGAAACGUUGCUUCCGGGUGCGCCGUUGCAUCAGACUGGAGGCAACCCUGGCAGAAGGAGUGGAGAGGAUGGCCGGUGCCGGUGGGGAGCACACUUUCAACUACAGUUUUAUUCUGAGCAUUAGUGAAGAGGAAGCCAGGGUGAAGGCUUUGCACGAGUACCUCAGCACUCGUAGUUAUAUCCAGGGGUUCACUUUUUCACAUGCAGAUGUGGAAGUAUUUCGAAAAAUUUCAGGCCCACCAGUGGACCAGUAUUUCCAUGUUGUCCGGUGGUACAGGCACGUAGAAGCAAUCUAUGAUGGCAGCAACGACAAUAUUGAGUCUUGUAAACUUCAAACAAGUAAAGGCAGGCGUGUGCAGCCUCCUUGGUAUGCCCCUGAAGGAACAAAGCAAUCAAAGCUCUGCCUCUACAACAGCCUUACUCGCAAUAAGGAUAUCUUUCAGCCCCAAGAUGGCAAAAAGGUUACGUGGUAUUGCUGUGGCCCAACAGUGUAUGAUGCCUCUCACAUGGGACAUGCUAGGUCAUAUAUCUCAUUUGAUAUCCUGAGAAGAGUGCUGAGGGAUUAUUUUAAAUACGAUGUCUUCUACUGUAUGAAUAUUACAGAUAUUGAUGAUAAAAUCAUCAAGAGAGCGAGACAAAACUAUCUUUUUGAACAAUAUAUAGAGAAAAAGCCAUCUGUAGCUCAGCUGCUUGAAGAUGUUAAAACUGCCUCAGAGUCUUUUUCAGUCAAAUUAAAUGAGACAAUUGACCCAGAUAAAAGGAAAAUGCUGGAAAGAAUUCAGAAUACAGCGAAGUCUGCUGUGGAGCCUCUAGAAAAAGCUGUGAGUGAGAGAGUCCUUGGAGAAGAGAUCAGCAAACGUGCCAAGACAUUGGUGGAAGAAGCAAAAGAUUUGUUGUCUGACUGGCUGGAUAUCAAGUUUGGUAGUCAGGUGACUGACAAUUCUAUAUUCUCCAAGCUCCCCAAAUUCUGGGAAGCAGAGUAUCAUAAAGACAUGGAAGCCCUCAAUGUGUUGCCUCCUGAUGUCUUAACUCGGGUUAGUGACUAUGUACCAGAAAUUGUGGAAUUUGUUAAGAGGAUUAUGGAAAAUGGUUAUGGUUACGUGUCAAAUGGAUCUGUCUACUUUGAUACAGUGAAGUUUGAUGCCUCUGAAAAACACUCCUAUGCUAAGUUGGUUCCUGAAGCUGUAGGGGAUCAAAAAGCUCUUCAGGAGGGUGAAGGUGACUUGAGCAUCUCUGCUGAUCGUUUGAGCGAGAAACGCUCUCCAAAUGAUUUUGCUUUGUGGAAAUCUUCCAAGCCAGGGGAACCCUCAUGGGACUCUCCUUGGGGAAAGGGUCGUCCAGGUUGGCACAUAGAAUGCUCUGCAAUGGCUGGGUCAUUUCUGGGAGAGUCAAUGGACAUUCACGGAGGGGGGUUUGAUCUUCGAUUUCCCCACCAUGACAAUGAAUUGGCGCAGUCUGAGGCAUAUUUUGAAAAUGAUCACUGGGUCCGCUAUUUUUUGCAUACUGGUCACUUAACAAUUGCUGGCUGUAAAAUGUCCAAAUCUUUAAAGAAUUUCAUUACCAUCAAAGAUGCACUAAAGAAACAUACAGCAAGGCAGUUACGAUUGGCUUUCCUGAUGCACUCUUGGAAGGAUACACUGGAUUAUUCAAACAACACUAUGGAAUCAGCUAUUCAGUAUGAGAAAUUCAUGAGUGAGUUCUUUUUAAAUGUGAAAGACAUUCUUCGGUCCCCUACUGAGGUUACAGGCCAGUUUCAGAAAUGGGAAAGCCAGGAAAUAGAGCUGAAUAAAAGCUUUUAUGACAAGAAGGCAGCAGUUCAUGAAGCACUGUGUGACAACAUUGACACCCGCACUGUCUUGGAAGAAAUGCGAUCUUUAAUCAGUCAGAGCAACUCCUACAUUGCUGCAAAGAAGUCUGCCAGACAGAUGCCAAAUAGACUUUUGCUGGAAAGCGUCAGUUCUUAUCUCACUCAAAUGCUAAAGAUUUUUGGUGCCAUAGAAAGUGAUGAAAUUGUUGGUUUCCCAGUUGGAAGAAACGGCCAAAAUGUAAAUCUUGAGUCUGCAAUCAUGCCGUACCUACAAGUUUUGUCAGAGUUCAGAGAAGGCGUGAGACAAAUUGCCAGAGAGAAGAAAGUUGCUGGAGUCCUGCAGUUGAGCGACGCUCUUCGAGAUGACAUCCUUCCUGAGCUUGGAGUUCGAUUUGAAGAUCAUGAAGGACUCCCAACUGUGGUCAAAUUGGUAGACAGAGACACUUUACUAAAAGAAAGAGAAGAAAAGAAAAAGAUUGAAGAGGAGAGAAAACGAAAGAAAGAAGAAGCAGCCAGGAAAAAACAGGAACAGGAGAUAUGCAUGAAAACAGGAUAUUUGCACUUCUAAGAGUCCAUCUGUUCCUGCUGUUUAUGCCUGACAUGAAGUCUAAUUUUCUAUGAAGACACAUUCAUCUCCACAGCAUCUAACUGUGAUAGCACAAAGGUUCAAGACUUCAGGUAAGGACUAAGCAGGAAGAGCAGGUGGACCCAUAAGGAGCAAACAUCCUGUUUUAAUGCAAAUAGCUUUAGUAGUAAAAUAUAGAAAAAUAAGCUCACGCAGUGUGCUGUGAAGAGAAAAUCAUUUGGCUUCAUUGCAUUAGACAUAGAUUACUUUUAAUGAUGUUAAGAGCACAUUCUUUUCAAUUAAGCAGAAGUCUAGUUGUAUCUUUAAUGUGGUUUAUUUACUUACACCUGGAUCCUGCUCUUGCCGUGUUUGGAUCAAGGAUGCUCUGUAUGGUUAAAUGGGUCUUUCUACACUGAGUUCAUUACCAAAUAGAAUUUACACUUAGUAAACUGCCUGUGUUUUUGUUUGUAUCUAAAAUACAGUACAACAAAAAGCUACAUUCAGCUUCUACAGCACGUAAGCUAUUUAUUCUGGGUGGUUGCAAUGCACACUUCUCUUUCUGUCUUAAUUGGACCCUAACUGAUAAAUUGUUUUAAAACAGUAUUAAGUUCAUUUGUAUCCUGCCAGACAGAUACAGUCAAGAUUUGUUCAGAGUUGCCCUUCCUUGCCCUCUUCUUUUCACAUAAUAAACAAGUUUCGUUAUAGUGCCGUCUGAUUUGCAAUUUAGAUGCUCUUUGUUGCAGUGCAUAUACACCAUGGAUAGUUUUCAGGAAAGGACAAAUGACCAUUUAUUUAACUGGAAUGGUAAAUACUGUUUAAAU